AUGGCCGGUCCUAGCAAGUCUAUGAUCCUCGACCCGGCCCUGCAGAAAUACUACGAGAUCUCUGCGAACCGCUACAAGUACUUCCGCUGGACGCCCCGCACCGCAUGGCACUCGCUGCUGUAUAUGGUCCUGAUCCCGGCCUCGCUGGGCUACGUCGCUUAUAAGACCGAUGGCAAAUACGAUCUCCGUGGGAAGAGAAAGGGUGAUACCAUUGCCGAAUGGUAA